AUGAUGGAGAAGUCCGUUAAGGUUUUCAACAUCUCCGCUAAAGUCACUAAUCAGGAUAUUGUUGACUUCUUCAAAUUUGCCGGAGUCGUUUCCUCCGCAGUUUUCAAAUCGGAUGAAGCAUCGACAUACCCUACAAAAAAGUGUGCAAUUUUGACGUUUACGGAUGGAAACGCAGUUGAGGCUUCACUGUUGCUUUCAGGAACUGUCAUUGGAGACCAGCCGAUCCAUGUGUUACGCCUUUCGGACGAGGAUUACCAUGAUUUUGCCUCCCAAGAGGCAAUGGUGAUUACGGCUGGAGUUCUCAGUUCAACAGAACCGACUCACAAAUCUGAAUCUGUCGUUGCGUCUCUGCUUGCCUCUGGUUAUUUGCUGAGUAAAGACGCACUGGAGAAGGCGAGAGCGUUGGACGAAAGUCAUGGCAUCAGCCAAACUGCAUCGACUAGUAUGGCGGCUGUGAAAGAGAAGACUGCAGCUACUGCUGCUGCCCUUGACAAGAGGUUUAACAUCUCUGAGAGGAUGAGUGGCGCGUCUGCUUCUGUCAGCAACGCGUUCUCCUCAGUGGAUAACACAUAUCAUGUGUCUAGUAAGGCGAAAGCGGCUGCAGCAACGGCAGAGGCGUCCCUCUCACAGGCUGCACAGCACGUGAUGAAGAAUCCAUACAUUGCUUCUGGAAGGGACUGGAUGGUGGGGACUUUUGAGCGCGGAAGGGGGGAAGGCGGGCGCGGCAGUGGCUGGCGGGAUGCCGCAGCGGAAUUGGAUGAAUUGGAGGGGGAGGAUGAAGCGGAGAAGCAGAAGGAGGAUGAGGAGGAUGAGGACGAGGCGCGCGUGCGGCGCGAGAAGGUGUCGUUAAAGCCGCAGAUUCGAUCCAUCAAACGGCUGCUGAGCAAGGUGGAUCUCCCCCCCGAGGCGCGGCAGCAGCAGGAGGCAAAGCUGGCGGAGCUGCAGCGGCGGGACGCGGAGCGCGUGCGCGCGGAGAAGCGGGCCGCGCUGGCGCGCAAGCUGGGGCAGAAGUACCGCAUGGGGCGCUUCUACGCUCAAAUUCACCUCCCCCUUUCCUUCCCCUCCUCCACCCCUCCGCCAUUCUCCCCUUCCCCCCUCCCCCCUGCCGCCCUUUCCCCUCCGUUUCCUCGUACCCUCCCCCCCUCCCCCCUCCCCCUCCCCCGCUUUUCCCCGGUGUUCCCAGACCGAGUGCCCAUUCUGCGGUGCAUUCAGCAGCUGGAGAUGACUUUGAGUCGACUCAAAAAGCCGCUGUCUGCCGUAUUCCCAGACCGAGUGCGCAUCAUGCGGCGCAUCAAGCACCUGGAGAGGCGGCUGGGGGAGAAUACGCGCAUACGCAGCUCAAAUCAAACCCUCCCCUCCCCUUCCAUUCCUCUCCCUUCCCUCCCAUCGCCCACUCACCCCGCUCACGUGUAUUCCCAGACCGAGUGCGCAUCCCACGGCGCAUCAAGCAGCUGGGGAGGACUUUUGAGUCAUCCCUCCAAAAGCCAUCCCUCCCCCGGCCCCCCUUCUCUUCCCCCGCUGUCUGCCGUAUUCCCAGACCGAGUGCGCAUCCUGCGGCGCAUCAAGCAGCUGGAGAGGCGGUUGGAGGAGAUUGAGCGAGGGGGGGAGAGCAGAGGAGGGCAGGCGGGCGGGGUGGUUGCGAAAGGAGAGAGUGGGGAGGCGGAGGAGGAAGAGGGGGAAGAGGAAGUGGAAGAGGGAGAGGAAGAAGUGGCAGAAGAGGGAGAGAAAAUCGAGGAGCAUGGGGACGAGGAGGGAGGGGCGGGGGUAAAGGGAGGGGAGGGAGGAGAAGGAGGAGAGGAAUCUGAGGCAGUGGGGAAGAAGCAAGCAGGGGAAGCGUGGGAGGGGGAGUAUGGGGGGGACACGGAUGAUGACGAGGAGGAGGAAGGGGAGGCGGGUGAGGGGCGUGGGACGCACGAGGGCGAGAGGGCGAGGAGGGCGCGCGUGGUGCUGAGUGAUUGUAAAGCCAUGGGGCGCGAGGAGGUGGUGCAGGAGCUGCGCGUGUGGCGAGGUUACUUGGAUUAUGUGCUGGUGUGUGGUGCUGGGUGUGUGGUGCUGGUGUGUGGUGCUGGGUGUGUGGUGCUGGUGUGUGGUGCUGGGUGUGUGGUGCUGGUGUGUGGUGCUGGUGUGUGGUGCUGGGUGUGUGGUGCUGGUGUGUGGUGCUGGUGUGUGGUGCUGGUGUGUGGUGCUGGGUGUGUGGUGCUGGUGUGUGGUGCUGGUGUGUGGUGCUGGUGUGUGGUGCUGGGUGUGUGGUGCUGGUGUGUGGUGCUGGUGUGUGGUGCUGGGUGUGUGGUGCUGGUGUGUGGUGCUGGGUGUGUGGUGCUGGUGUGUGGUGCUGGUGUGUGGUGCUGGUGUGUGGUGCUGGUGUGUGGUGCUGGGUGUGUGGUGCUGGUACUUCCCCCUGUGGCCGCACUUCGUGUCAGUGGUUGUGCGAGCACAGCAGCAGCGCCCUUUUUACCACUCUGCAUACCCCUUUCCCUUUGCCAUCGCACACCCCCAACGCAGUAUUUCCCCCUGUGGCGGCACUACGUGUCAGUGGUUGUCAACCACGGGUGUGAGCACAACAGCAGCGCGGACGGCAAGCGGCGGUGGGGGAAGAUUCAGGCGCUGAUGCUGCUGGCGCAGCAGAACAAGCGGGAGACGGAGGAGAGAGCGCGGAGGGAGGAGGAGGUGCAGCGGGAGGAGAGGCAGAGGCGGGAGGAACGGCGCCGUGCUGUGUCUCACUUGUGCUCUCUGUCUCACAUCCCCGGUCCCAAACCCCUGCCUGCUUUUCUGAGCCAAGUCUCUUCCACUCAAAAUUUACCUCCCUUGCCCUGUAUCCCCCCUUCCCAUACCUCUCCUCCCCCUCUCCUUCCCCUCUCCUUCCCCUCUCCUUCCCCUCUCCUUCCCCUCUCCUUCCCAUCUCCUCCCCAUCUUCCCCCCCUCUCCCCCCUCCUCCUCCCCCUCUCCCCGCCUUCUCAACCUCUCCUUCCCUUCUCCUUCGCCUCUCCCGGCCCUCUCCCCCCCUUCUCCCCUCCCUCUCCUCCCCCUCUCCCCCCCUUCUCCCCUCCCUCUCCUCCCCCUCUCCCCGCCUUCUCCCCCUCUCGCUCCUUUCUCCUCCGCCUCUCUUCCCUCUUUCCUCCUCCUCUACUCCCCCUCUUCAACCCCUUUCCCCCCACUCUCCUCCCCCUGGCAGCAUCUCUGCUGGAUGUUGCGGAAGUAGAGCUGCAGGACAGUUUUUCCCCUUGUAUUAUUGCUGUCUUCCCACUGUCCUCCUCGCCCUACUUUUCCCCCUCUCCCCCCCUGGCAGCAUCUUUGCUGGAUGAUGCGGAGGUAGAGCUGCAGGACAGGAAGAAGGUGGCGGGGAAGAAAGGUGGGGAGAGGAGUGAGAAGGCUGGGAAGGAGAAGGGGAGGAAGGAGGAGGAGGGGAGAAAGGGGAGGGAGGAAGAAGCGCAGGCGAGCUUGCUGGUUCCUUCUGGAUUGGAUAAGAAGAAAGUUUUUGUGUAUGAUGAUGACGAGGAGGAGGAAAUGGAGGAGGGGGGAGGGAAGGAGAGGGAGGGGGAAAUGAGGGUGAGGGAAGAGAAGAGAGGGGAUGGAGAAGAGGUGUGGGAGGGAGGGGGGAAGGAGGAGGAGGAGGAGGAGGAGGAGGAGGAGGAGGAGGAGGAGGAGGAGGAGGAGGAGGAGGAGGAGGAGGAGGAGGAGGAGGAGGAGGAGGAGGAGAAAAAGGGGAGCAAGGACGACGGAAUGGACAUGUGGAAGAGGAAAAUGUUUGGCGACGGUAUAUUUGGCCUUGGGAAGAGAAGAGGUGGUGGUGGUGGUGGUGGUGAUGUGACUGGCGGUGGUGGCGGCAUGAGUAGCAGUGGUGAUGGUAAUGCGGGAAGCCUUGGGGGUGGGGGUGGGGAGGAAGAGGAAGAGGAUGAGGAUGAGGAUGAGGAAGAAGCGAUGCUGAGGGAGUGGGAGAAGUAUGAUAGAGAGGCAGGUAGUGAUGAUAGUGAUGGGUUGGAUGGGUGGGAUGAGGAGGGAGAGGGUGCGGGAGACGGGAGUAGUGACGAGGGGGAGGGGUGGGAGGAGAGGGAAGGGAGAGAGGAGGGGGAGGAGAGAGAGGAGGGGGAAGUGAGUACGGGGAGUGAAGAGGAGGAAGAGGAGGAAAGAGAGGAGGAAGCUGAGGAUGAGGAGAAGGAAAGGAACUUUAAGAGGAUGAAGGGGAUAGUAGGGGCAUCAAGAAGUGACGGUGGUGGCAGGGAGGAGGAAAGAGAGGACUGGGGAGAAGGGGAAGAGGAUGAGGAAGAUUUUGGAGUGGAGGAAGAGGAGGAAGAGGAGGGGGAUGUGGCUGCAGAAGCAGGAGGGGGUGCAGCAAUGUGCAAAGAGGGCGAGGAGGACGAGAUAGAGGAGGGAUGGAAGGAGGAGGCAGAGGAGGAGACAGGGGAGGAGACAGGGGAGGAGAUAAAUGGGGAGGAGGAACAGGCAUGGGCAGACGGGCAUUGGGGGAAAGUGAGAAGGGUGGGUGGGGAGAGGAGGAAGGGAAAAGGGCUGUGGUGGAUGGUAAUGGUGGUGGGACUAGAAUGGGGAGGGAGAAGGGAGGAAUGGGAGGGCGUGCAAAGGGAGAUGGUUAUGGGAGGGGAGGCGGGGGAGGUAGAGGAGAGAAAGGAGGGAGAGGAGAAAGGGGAGGGAGAGGAGAGAGGGGAGGGAGAGGAGAGAGGGGAGGGAGAGGAGAGAGAGGGGGGAGAGGCGAUAGGGGAGAGAGAGGAGAGAGAGGAGGGAUUAGCACUACACGGGGUGGUGUUGGUUCUCCUGCGGUUGCUUCGUUUGGGAAGGGAGCACCACGGGGAGGAGGGAGGGGGCGAGGAGUGGAGGGGAGAGGAGGGAUGGGAAGAGGAGGGGAGGGAAGAGGAGGGAUGGGAAGAGGAGGGGAGGGAAGAGGAGGGAUGGGAAGAGGAGGGGAGGGAAGAGGAGGUGGCCGUUAUGGUGGCAGUGGUGGCAGGGAUAGGGAUAUUGCCAUUGAAAGGCGAGGCGCUAAGGGAUCAACACGGCUGGUGGAAGGUGUGGAAGGUGAGAGAAUGA